GAAGCCAUUUUCAAUUUCAUAAUACGGUGUUGGCUACUGCAGAGGAGUUUCUUCAGAGGAGGAAAAGGACAAAAGUGGACGGGAUUAUAUUUAGGUUAAUCAAUAUUGAAGCAUAGCUGUAAACAUUUAAUUUAUUAUAGUACUGGAAAUGUUUACUUUUUCAACUACGGUCCAGCCACAGGUCACAGUCCCUCUGAGCCACCUCAUCAAUGCCUUCCAUUCCUUCAAAAACUCCGCAAACUCUGUGAGCACCGCCACGGCUCAGUGUUUACAGAGGGAGGUGGCCCCAGAACCGGACUUCCAGAGCGCUGAGCCCACAUUAAACUUGAGGGAUUUGGGUCUAAGUGAUCUGCGUGUUAGUCAGUUGGAUGACCUUGUAAACGGACUUCUGCCCAGUUUAUCCACAGAGGAACCCCCCGGACAGUCGUUUUGGAGAACAUCCCAUGUCUCGGCUGAAUCCUUCUUUCAGAAUAAGCAUGGGUUCUCCAGCAGGACACUGGGUCUCCUGGGCUCCCCUGCACUGUGCAAGCAGAGCCCUACCCCUCUGCAGGCAGUUUGCUCAGAUCUCCAGCACUGGCCCGUGUGGAUUCAAAGCCGAGGCUUUAAAACGCUGAAAUCCAAAACCAAACGCCUGCAGUCCAACUCUGACCGGGUUGCCGAGCCUGAAGGCUACACCCCAUCAUUCAUGAAGGGACUACUGAUGAGAGACAGAGGAACAGAAGUAGAAAGUUUAGACAAACUCCUGAAAAGUAAAAAUAUCCCUGAUGGUCAGCAAGAUGCUUUCAAGACAGGAUUUGCAGAGGGAUUCUUGAAAGCUCAGGCACUCACACAGCGAACACAAGAUUCAUUGAGAAGGAUGCGGCUCAUUCUUUUGGUCCUGUUGUUGCUGGGCAUUUAUGGGCUGUCAAGAACCCCAUUUUUAUCUGGUAAAGGCUCCUUUUCUGAUCCUGUGCGUUUCCGAACAACAUCAGGACUUGAUGCUGCAGUGGAUCCCAUUCAGAUGAAAAAUGUCACCUUUGAACACGUGAAAGGGGUUGAGGAAGCUAAGCAGGAACUACAGGAAGUCGUGGAAUUUCUUAAGAACCCUCAGAAAUUUACUGUGCUCGGUGGAAAAUUACCUAAAGGCAUCCUUCUCGUUGGCCCUCCGGGCACAGGCAAAACCCUGUUAGCGCGAGCAGUGGCUGGGGAAGCGGACGUCCCCUUUUAUUAUGCCUCGGGGUCUGAGUUUGAUGAGAUGUUUGUUGGUGUGGGAGCCAGUCGCAUCAGGAAUCUCUUCAGAGAAGCAAAGGGCAAUGCGCCUUGUGUCAUCUUUAUUGACGAGCUGGACUCUGUUGGUGGAAAGAGAAUCGAGUCUCCUAUGCACCCCUAUUCCCGACAGACCAUUAACCAGCUCCUGGCAGAGAUGGAUGGGUUUAAACCCAAUGAAGGGGUCAUCAUUAUCGGAGCAACAAACUUCCCAGAGGCUUUGGACAAUGCUCUGAUCCGUCCUGGGCGCUUCGAUAUGCAGGUCACAGUACCAAGGCCGGAUGUGAAAGGGAGGACGGAAAUUCUGAAGUGGUACCUCAACAAAAUUAAAUUUGAUAGUGCUAUUGAUCCUGAAAUUAUUGCAAGAGGAACAGUUGGUUUCUCUGGAGCAGAGCUGGAGAAUCUGGUGAAUCAGGCUGCUUUGAAGGCAGCAGUGGAUGGCAAGGAUAUGGUCACCAUGAAGGAACUUGAGUUUUCCAAGGACAAAAUUCUGAUGGGUCCUGAACGUCGAAGUGUUGAGAUAGACAAGAAGAACAAAACUAUCACUGCUUACCAUGAGUCAGGCCAUGCUAUUGUUGCCUAUUAUACCAAAGACGCCAUGCCCAUCAACAAGGCUACCAUUAUGCCCCGAGGGCCUACUCUUGGCCAUGUAUCAUUACUUCCAGAGAAUGACAGGUGGAGUGAAACUCGUUCUCAGUUACUAGCUCAGAUGGAUGUCAGUAUGGGUGGAAGGGUUGCUGAGGAACUAAUAUUUGGGAGUGAAAACAUCACAACUGGUGCUUCAAGUGAUUUUGACAGUGCAACUAAAAUAGCAAAGAUGAUGGUGACCAGAUUUGGAAUGAGUGAAAAGCUGGGCGUCAUGACGUAUGCCGAUCAGAGCAAACUCAGUCCAGAAACACAAGCUGCCAUUGAGCAAGAAGUCAGAGUACUCCUGAGGGAUUCAUAUGAGCGUGCUAAAAACAUCUUAAAGACCCACACUAAGGAGCACAAGAACCUAGCUGAUGCUUUGUUGACAUAUGAAACUCUGGAUGCCAAAGAAAUCCAAAUGAUCAUGAAUGGAAAGAAACUGGAGCCAAGAUGAUGUCUUCCUCACAGCAGAAAUGGUUGGGUGUUCAUGAAUGUAAAUAUGCAACAGACCGGGGGGGGGAGCAUUGAAUGAAUCUGUGUAGUUUAUUUUUCUUAAUAUAUGAUUGUGUAUACAUAUUUUAUCCCAUUUUUUCCCCUUGAUUCUGAUAAGGAUUGUGCUUUUAUGUGUGAAGUCUUUCUGUAGUGAUGAAAUCCCUACUGCUUCCCUGCAAGUCUUCAACAAUAUCUCAGGGGUACGGUCAUUUGAUAUAAAACUCAUCAUCCGUGCUUUCUGAAAUACCUAUGGGCUCUAUUUAUUUUUGUUACACUUUUAAUGUCAAGGUUCUGCCUCAGAGGUGUCAUUAUGUACCCCUUUGAUGUUACCUGUUCACGUCCAGUUAUCAGUUAUUUUC